AUGAAAACACAGGUCCAGGAAAACGGAGAAGUGGAGCAGCCUGUGCAGAAUGCAGAGCAAGACCGCCCUUUGGGAGGGGGCGAAGGCCACCAGCCAGCAGGAAAUAAUAGACAGGGACAGGCUCGCCGACUUGCCCCUAAUUUCCCAUGGGCCAUACCCAAGAGGCAGGUCAACGAUGGGAUGGGUGGAGAUGGAGAUGAUAUGGAAAUGUUCAUGGAGAUGAGAGAAAUCAGGAGAAAACUUAGGGAGCUGCAGUUGAGGAACUGUCUGCGUAUCCUUAUGGGGGAGCUCUCUAAUCACCAUGACCAUCAUGAUGAAUUUUGCCUUAUGCCUUGACUCCUGCCAUUUUCCACGAGAUUAAUACUGUGAUUCCCAUUUUCAUUCUCCUUUUCCUUACAUUUUCCUGAUAUGCCUUUACUGAUCCGUUUGCUGUGAACCUUAUGUAAUUUCCAUGU